AUGGAGAAUUUGGAUUUAGAAAUUUAUAAAAUAAAAGAUUAUUUAAAAUAUCCUUAUUUUGAACAAAUUUUAAGUUUUGUCCUUUCACAACACAAAAACAACAAAAUUAUUUUUAUACAAAAUUUGGAAAUUGCACAAAAAUCAAGUUUCCAAAAAUUAUUGGUUUCGAUAAUAAGAGAACAACUUUUACCUUUCAUUUCAACACCAUUAAUUUUAAAACCAAAUACCAUUAAUACAUUCCAAUUUAAAUCAUCAUCAUUAGAAUCAUCGGAUAUUAUUAAAGAUCAAGUAGUGGUAGCGAAUGUAAUAUCAUUUAAAGUAAAAGAGAUAUUUGGAUUUCAAUUCUUUACUUUUGAACAUCCUGUUGUGUGUCGUACAAGAAGUAAUAGUAAUGAAAUAGUAUUUAAAGAAAUAAAUAAUUGUUUAGAGUUAAUUGAACUUCUAAGAGAGAAUGAUUCAUUUUCAGAAAUAGACCGGUUUAAAGAAGAAAUUGUUAACAGUUUCUGUAACAUGGCAUUGAUCUCCACAUUGGCUCAAGAUAAUCUUAAUGAAAUCAAACAAACUUCAUUAAAGAAUAAUCUUUGUACUCUAUCAGAAUAUUCAGAUUUCAAAUCUAAAAAGGAAUCAUCAUUUGAUAAAUUCUUAUUUUAUGAUCAAUUACAUAUCAUUGGACAUAAUAUACAUCCUUGUUGCAAAUUACGUUCGGGUUUCAAUUGUGAAGAAGUGGUUCAAUAUGCCUAUGAGCUGAAUCAACAGAUACCUAUUCGUUUCAUUGGUCUUCACAAGUCAGUUGGUAGAUACAGUAUGAUCGAUGAGAAUGAUAAUCCAUCUGAUUACUUUCAAAGAUUAUUUCCAUCGGAUGUUGUUGGUGAUGCCAUUCAGCUAUAUUGUAAAGAUAACCAAUUGAAUAUCAAUGAUUAUUUAAUCUGUCCAAUGCAUCCAUUCCAAACUACCAACACACUACCAAAUCAAUUCAAAGAGGAAUUAGAUAAUCGAGUAUUAAUUAUCUUUCCAGAGUCAAUUCAAGUACCAUCAUACUCAACUGCAUCCAUUAGAAAUGUAAUACCAGUCAUUGAUUAUAAUACUUGUGCACCACACAUUAAAUUCUCAUUGCCAAUCCAAUUGACCAGCGCCCUUAGGUUGAUUACAAAAAGAUGUAUUCUAAUGGGUACUUCCAUUUCGAAAGUACUUACAAAGAUAUCUUCAUUAGAGGGAUCGCCAUUCAAUGAAAGAGUGAUCUUUCUUCAAGAGUUGGGUGGUAUCUAUCAUUCAAACAAUGAAGAACAAAGAUAUCAAAACUUCUCAAUGAUUUGGAAGGAAAAUUCUAACAAAUACCUACGUACUCCGAAUGAUCAACCAAUUAGUUCAUGUUCACUAUUUAAUACAUCACCAAUACCAAGACAACAAGUAAAUCAUUCAAUAUUAUCAGAAAUUUUAUAUCAAUAUAUUGAUAAUAAGUGUAUUGGUAUGAUUAUAGAAAAUGGAGUUAAUGAGUGGUUUAAAAGAUAUACAACACUACUAUUGGAACCAUUUAUCAUAUUAUUUACAAAACAAGGUGAACCGGUGCUCUUAAUGCUCAAAGACUGGUCAGGUUGUAAUGUUAUGAAAGAACGUCUUUUAAAACACCAGGAAUCACAACUUAACAAAGGCGAUGGUAUACCACUCUCGCUGAUCGAAGAGAUACCUCCACAAAGAAAGCUAGGCAAUCUGGGGUAUUACAAGACCUUUGCACACUCUGUACUUCAGAACCACAUAGGCCAAAUCAUAAUACAAAUCUGUAAAGAGUUCACAAUGAUAGAUGAAACCAAUCUGUGGGAUAUCACUUACCAAGUAAUGAGAUCUCAAUUAUUGAAAUUGAAAUCAUCAACUGCUGCUCUAUACAAUCAGGUGAUUGAAGAUGAAAGAUAUUUAUUCUCUGAAACCUCCGUCAAGUGCACAUCACUAACUGCUAUGAGACUAAUAACAAAUUAUCAUCUAGGCAGUGAAAAUGUAGAUCUUAAAUCAAAACUAUUGGUUGUUGCAACAAAAGAUGCACCUUCAAUAUAUAUUAGAACAAUGUUUGGUGAUAACUUGAAGGAAGUAGCAGAGAUAACUAUUAGUGAUAUCAUGCCAAUUAUAUAA